ACUAACUCCUCCCACACACACACACUCACACAAUCUGCUGGUUCAUCGCUCACUUCUAAUCAGUAGUCUUUCAGUUUUAUUGCUGUGUCCUUAAUAUUAAUGCUUCGAUAGACGUUAGCGUUUUUGUACGUGCUCCAAUAAAGGAGUGUUUCCGAAAUCCUGAGAAAACUCCAGGCUGCGACUCAAGUCUCGUUCCACAGAGGAAGUACAAAUUGACUUGAGCUCAUUUGCACCCACUAGCCUGCUUCUGUUACCUGGUGGCCUUCACUCUGAGUAUAUAAUGGGAUCUUUUCGACGUCCUCGCUUUAUGAGCUCACCAGUGCUGUCAGACCUGGCCCGCUUUCACGCCAGUUCACCAUCUCUGCAACUCUCCAAUGCAAGUAUUUGGAAUAGUGUCCAGUCUGCUGUCAUCAAAGUAUUCGAAGGAGGAGGGCUACAGACCAAUGAGCUGUACAGCCUGAACGAAAGCAUCAGGUGGCUUCAAAGGACAGAACUGGGCUCCUUCAUUACAGAAUACUUUCAGGAUCAGCUCUUGAACAAAGGCCUGGCACAUAUGUUGGAGAAAAUUCAUCUUCAUGAGGAAGAAAACUGUCUCCAGGCUCUGUCUGAGAUGUGGGUAACAUUUUUCACAGAGAUCCUGCCAACUCUUCAAGCCAUAUUCUAUCCUGUGCAGGGUCAGGAGCUGACUGUGAGACAGAUGGCUCUGCUGGGUUUUAGGGACCAGGUCUUGUUGAAGCUUUCUCUAGAGAACAUGCUACAUACCACAUCAUACCCUCCUCCCAUUGUACAGAUGCUACUCAUAUUGCAGGGCAUUCAUGAGCCUAGUGGGCCUAGUAAAGAAUACUACCUUCUUGAGCAACUAGUGGAUAUGGUGAUUUCACCUUACCUGAGUAACUACCUCCACAAGAGCCACAGAGGCUCCCCUUCAGGGUGUCAUUUGGAAAACUCCAGUUUGGAGACUGCACCUUAUGUUGGCCAGCCAGAGAUCACAAUCACAAACUUUGCUACAGAAUCAUUGCUGACGCCUCUUCUGGAGCAGGAAGGCGAGGCAUAUCUGGAGAGGACCGGUGGAAUACGGCGCCACACAGUUGCUAAUGUUCAUUCAGACAUCCAUUUUAUCUCCAUGACAAACAGAACUGAUGGUGGAGAUAAUGGGCAGGUGAGAAAUGCAAGGAGAACUGCUCCUCCCAGGCCUUUUACCCGACCACUGUUAAUCCUGGACUCUGUCAACUAUAACAAAACCACAAAUAUGCCAGAAGAGUGCUGAGAUGAGCUGAAAACUUGAGAUGUAUUAUGGGGUAUGUUUCUGAGCAAAAACCAACAGUCAAAAGUCUACAUGUGGCAGAACAGACAACUAAGAAUCACAAUUUAACCCAGAAAAAAAAUAACCUUGUUAUUUUAGGUAUUUAUUUUAAUCACUUUAGUGGAGCCUUUGGGAUUAUCACAGAGGUUAAAGUACAGAAGGGGACUAUUUGACUACUUAAAGUGUUCAGCAGCAUUCCACUUCCUCAAAAAUCAACCAGAGGGGUUAUACACAACCUGUGAAGUUCAUUAUAUCAAUGUCUGUGUACCUUUUUUUGCCAUUCAUGUAAAUGAAUAGUAAUUUAUCACAAGUACACAAAGCAUUCCUUAACUGUGUUCAAAUUUUACGUGUUGGAAUAUAGUCUACUUUCACAAAGUCUUUUUGGUACACAAACAGCUUAAAUGCUUACCUAGAAACUACUUUAUUAUUCGGUUGAAUGUUUAAAGCAUGAGAGAGGAGCUCCUAUAAAUAGCUGAGUCCUGCCCUAAGAGCCAUGCUCUUUUUCUGCUGUAGAAGUGGCAACGCUAUGUGGAAUUUCGGCCCUGCUGAACUAACAAUGUUUACACAGAUGCAGUAUUAUGCAAAAUCUUCCUGAGCUUUCAGCUGCUUGGGAUUAUUGACUUGACUACACUGUGUGACACUUCCUUGUUUUGAGCCAUUUUAGUAUCUACUGUACAAUUUGUUUGUAGUGUGGUGGAGUUGCUGAUGUUCUGGUCUACAGACUAAUUUAUUUCAUGAAAUAUUUUAGAGUCUUAAUUAUAAUUUCAAUUUAAAUGUUUAUGACCAGUUUUGUGAUAAUUAGUGUGCAGUGU